GCAGUCUGUGUAAGUCUUCAUAUCUCUGAGUGUGUGCACCAGUGGAGAGGGUGGAGCCUUGCAUCCUCAAAUCUGAAAAGAUUGAGAGAUUUCGGAGGGCCCAGAUGUGCCAAAGGUCAGAGGGAUCAAUACAGAGGCCCUACCACGGGAAGGGGGGGAAAGGUUCGAAUAGGAAAACCGCUGCAGAAGGGAAGCCACUGAGAGGAGCAAAUGUGGACUUGAGGGAAGCUUUCUCCCCCACCCCCACUUCCAUCUCGUGCAAUUUAAUACCAUCCUUGCCAGGAACCUUAACCUCGUCAUUUUAAAAAAUGAGUUAUCCGUGACCCAGGGUGAACUUGCUGAGUGUAGGUACAGCAGAGGAAAUUCUAGACUCUGUGAGCGUCCUGGCCUUGUCCAGCGCAAGGCCUUCGUGAACACUGGUCAGUGCGUGGCCCUGCCCACCUGCGCGCCAACACUCGCAGCGUGCCUGGCCCACCCGCCUUGACCUCGGACGCGCUGUCCCGCCUGCGCUGGGCCCAGCAUCCCGGCCUUCCCCAGCAGGCAAGCCAAGCCCGCUAGCUCCCGGCUGCGGUCCUCCCACCCUCUCCGUUUUUCCAGAUUUCUCCCCACUCAUCCUCUCUCAUCCCCACCGCGCCCACCUCCACUCCCGCCCUCUGUCGGUCCCUCACUUUCCUCCCGCCGCAGUCCCUCUUUGCCGUGACCUCUUUCCUUAACUCUGCAGGCCUGAAAGAAGGUCACACACGCACGCCCACGCCCACACUCCACGCGCCUCGUCCCAAACAAACCCAUACACAUUGUCCUUUGUUCCCUUUCUUGGCCACUUUCCCUGUCGCUUCCUCCCAGCCCGUCCUGAUUUGCUCCCCCAGAAGUACGUUUUUGUCUCCCCGCUGCCCCGGCGCUCCCCUUUUGAUUUAUUAGGGCUCCCAGGUUGGCGCAGAUUCCUUUUUCUUCCCCUCCAUCCCAUCCUCCCUUCUGGUCCUCCUUUCCACAGUGGGAGUGCGUGCUGCUGCUCCUCUGUCGGCUCCUAAGUGCCCCGCCCCGUCCCCUCUCCUUUUCGCUCUCCGGGGCUUUUUCUCCAGCUCCCUACUCUUCGGCCAGCCAGCCUCUGCUUCCCUCCCCUGCCUCGUUUCUCGUCGCCCCUGCGCGCUCCCCCCGGCGCUCGCCCGAGCGCUGUGCUCGCUCCUGGAUCGCCAGCCGCGCAGCCGGGCUCGGCCGGCCGCCCGCGCGCCGCUGUGCAGUGGAGUUUGGUGGAAUCUCUGCUGACGUCACGUCACUCCCCACACGGAGUAGGAGCGGAGGGAAGAGAGAGGGAUGAGAGGGAGGGAGCGGAGAGAGCGUGCGAGACCGAGCGAGAAAGCUGGAGAGGAGCAGAAAGAAACUGCCAGUGACGGCUAGAUUUCGGAGGCCCCGGUGCCCCCGUGGACUCCUUCGGAACUUGGCACCCUCAGGAGAUCUGCAGUCUUCUCAGGCCCGGCUUUCGGGCGCUUGCGGUGCAGCCGGAGCCUCGGCUCGCUGGAAAUCGCCCCGGGAAGCAGUGGGACGCGGAGACAGCAGCUCUCUCCCGGUAGCCGAUAACGGGGAAUGGAGACCAACUGCCGCAAACUGGUGUCGGCGUGUGUGCAAUUAGGCGUGCAGCCGGCGGCGGUUGAAUGUCUCUUCUCCAAAGACUCCGAAAUCAAAAAGGUCGAGUUCACGGACUCUCCUGAGAGUCGAAAAGAGGCAGCCAGCAGCAAGCUCUUCCCGCGGCAGCAUCCUGGCGCCAAUGAGAAAGAUAAGAGCCAGCAGGGGAAGAAUGAGGACGUGGGAGCCGAGGACCCGUCCAAGAAGAAGCGGCAAAGGCGGCAGCGGACUCACUUUACCAGCCAGCAGCUCCAGGAGCUGGAGGCCACUUUCCAGAGGAACCGCUACCCGGACAUGUCCACACGCGAAGAAAUCGCUGUAUGGACCAACCUUACGGAAGCUCGAGUCCGGGUUUGGUUCAAGAAUCGUCGGGCCAAAUGGAGAAAGCGGGAGCGCAACCAGCAGGCCGAGCUAUGCAAGAAUGGCUUCGGGCCGCAGUUCAAUGGGCUCAUGCAGCCUUACGACGACAUGUACCCGGGCUAUUCCUACAACAACUGGGCCGCCAAGGGCCUUACGUCCGCCUCCCUGUCCACCAAGAGCUUUCCCUUUUUCAACUCUAUGAACGUCAACCCCCUGUCAUCGCAGAGCAUGUUCUCCCCGCCCAACUCUAUCUCGUCCAUGAGCAUGUCCUCCAGCAUGGUGCCCUCAGCGGUGACGGGCGUCCCGGGCUCCAGCCUCAACAGCCUGAAUAACUUGAACAACCUGAGCAGCCCGUCGCUGAAUUCCGCGGUGCCGACGCCUGCCUGUCCUUACGCGCCACCGACUCCUCCAUAUGUUUAUAGGGACACGUGUAACUCGAGCCUGGCCAGCCUGAGACUGAAAGCAAAGCAGCACUCCAGCUUCGGCUACGCCAGCGUGCAGAACCCGGCAUCCAACCUGAGUGCUUGCCAGUACGCAGUGGACCGGCCUGUGUGAGCCGCACCCACAGCGCCGGGAUCCUAGGACCGUGCCGGAUGGGGCAACUCCGCCCUUGAAAGACUGGGAAUUAAUGCUAGAAGGUCGUGGGCACUAAAGAAAGGGAGAGAAAGUGAAGAUAUAUAGAGAAAAGGAAACCACUGAAUCAAAGCGAGAGCUCCUUUGAUUUCAAAGGGAUGUCCUCAGUGUCUGACAUCUUUCACUACAAGUAUUUCCAACAGUUGCAAGGACACACACACAAACAAAUGUUUGACUGGAUAUGACAUUUUAACAUUACUAUAAGCUUGUUAUUUUUUAAGUUUAGCAUUGUUAACAUUUAAAUGACUGAAAGGAUGUAUAUAUAUCGAAAUGUCAAAUUAAUUUUAUAAAAGCAGUUGUUAGUAAUAUCACAACAGUGUUUUUAAAGGUUAGGCUUUAAAAUAAAGCAUGUUAUACAGAAGCGAUUAGGAUUUUUCGCUUGCGAGCAAGGGAAUGUAUAUACUAAAUGCCACACUGUAUGUUUCUAACAUAUUAUUAUUAUAAAAAAUGUGUGAAUAUUCAGUUUUAGAAUAGUUUCUCUGGUGGAUGCAAUGAUGUUUCUGAAACUGCUAUGUACAACCUACCCUGUGUAUAACAUUUCGUACAAUAUUAUUGUUUUACUUUUCAGCAAAUAUGAAAAAAAUGUGUUUUAUUUCAUGGGAGUAAAAUAUACUGCAUACAAA